AUGAGAUAUGAUUCGGAGUACCGACCGCAUGGGCUCGCCACGGAGGUCUCCUCAAUCAGCCUUCUCUCUGAGCACGGAUUCACCUCCGAAUACGAUCACCAGCAGGACGUUGAUAGCACCCAAUGUCAACAGAAUGGCAAUUUCAACUCAUACCAGCAGUAUGCGAGCAUCAAUUCGUACCCACAGAACUUGGGUGCGACUGCGUCUGAUCACCCGUCCGAAAUCCAGUUGCAAAACCACACAGCCAGUCUCACCUCAGAGCAUAUCGAUGGUGCGGACUCCAAUACCUCGCCAGAAGCGGGCCUCGGUUCAUUCGGUCAGCCUCUUCGCCGCUUCUACUUCCGCACGAUAGUCGGCAUCCUUGGGCCGAUAAUCGUAGUAUCUUAUCUCAUCACCGUCUGGCGCAUCUACCUCGCCCCACUCCACCCCGACUCAAUAGUGGCCUUCGGACCACCGGGUGCCAAAUGGGUCUUUUACAGUUGGUUCGUCGCGGGAGUGAUCGGACUGAGCUUAAGUCUUUACGGACUGGCUGGUGCUGAAGCUGGCAUGCUCAUGGAACAAACCUGGAAAGUUGAAGAUGCCAUGCGUCUUAUGCUACAUGCUGACAAUACAAGGUCUGGUCCCGGUGGCUGGAUGAAGGCAAUCAAAUGGGUUGUGCAAAUACGCAGGGCGCGAAACCAACAUAGCAAGCUUCCUUCUCGUUUGUGGUUUGUUCUGGCACUUCCAAGCGUGGUUGUCUUCGUGGCUUGGCCCAUAUCAGGUCUCUGCCUUGAGAUGACUAGUGGCUUCCUUCGUGGUAAGUCAGGGCAAGGAGUGAACGUAACCGGAUUUGUUCAAUCGACCUUCAACACCAGCCCUGAGGCCCGUAUGCCGUCCAGAGGAUUCCACAACGGCGCACGUGUGUUUGGACAUGGUGCUGUCUAUACACCUGAAAACUUUGAUCGGAAGAAGAACGAGUUUCUGAAGAGUGUUCCGGUGAUACUGCCAAGUAUUGAGGGCGUCGAAGAAAUCUUUUUGACCGCUCAAGGUGAGGCUCCUUUUGAGGGCAGAGCCUGGGGCUUGUUACUACAUUACGACUGCAAGAUUGUAGACAGAUUGCCUGACUUCGUUCUCUUAAAAGACCGUCGAUCUUCAACAGAUGUCUGGAGAAGUAAAUCGAUCGUUUCAGAUUUCGGACGAAUAGGAAUUGAACGCAGAACGGUUGAAAAUCCUCCCAUCGACGAAUUCACGACAGCAGCCUUCUCGUUAGGCCCCACCGAAAGCCUUGCUUCAGCUCCUACGUCCACUCCGGCUCUCGUACAGAGCACAAUUCCUAGUUCAAACUGCACAAAAUGCUUCAUUUUCGAUCAUGAUAAACACAUUACCUACAUGUCAUAUCGUCUCCAUGACAACAACACCUUGGUGGAGGUAAUGAAAGAGUCACGAGUCGAUUCCAACCCAACGAAGUCGACAAUGAAAAUGGGUGCAGUCAUAGAGACUGCGUAUCAAUCCUUGUCGCCACAAACAGGUUCGAACGAAGAACCGCCCUGCGGCUGGCUUGAUGAGAUGGAGAACCCGUCAACGUCUUACUGCUAUCAUAACCUGCAAGAAGAUCCUUCAAAACCGUAUCCCGGAAUCGAACACAAGAGGACUUUUGAGGUCCUGUUGUGGCAGACACUUUACGCCUUACCAGGUUCUCAGAACAGCACCAUCGUCCGUACUAUCGAGUCGCUGACUGGUGAGUAUGUCAAUGUUGAUAACGAGAAGCUCAAAGCAAUUGGUGCAUCCUGUACGUCAAGCAGCAGUGUAGGCUCAGCAAACAUCAACGGCGUGCGCUCUACUUACUCCGACUUCCAACGGAGUGACACCCCGGUGCCUGCUCGAAAGGACGCUUGUGCGAAACGUUUUGGCGCAGAGACACUUGUGUGUACACUCAACAUCAAAGACGGUAGUUGGCUGAGGUGGCUAUUUGACUCGAUCGGCCUGCCGUCACCGCUUGCCGCAUCUACAAACGAUAUUGGAGGUGUUCAUUUUGGCAAUAUGAGAUCUAACGCUCAGCUGGAGUAUCUACAAGCUGACCAACUUCGACAAGUCCUUCUACAAGCUUACUCCACCUACGCCAUCAAGCUCAUGUACAAUGACGGUCGGGAUUUCAUAGGCGUCAACGGAACACGCCUCAAGUCACACGUCCCCAACCUCACAACUUUUGUCGCUGGCACCGUAAUUGAACCGGGCGUCAUGCCAGCCGCUGUUCCUGUGGCUUUAUUCGGACUAUGGGCUUUGAUCAGCUCAGGCCUCUGCCUUGUCUAUGGCUUCAGGCGACGAUGGAGCGCUAUUCUGGACGGGCAUACAGUCUUCAGGCUAGGGGCCGAGUUGCAGCAGACGUACCGGACGAGGCUCCAACGGUAUUCUACGAUUGCUGAUAUUGAAGAGUGCGAGGCUCUGCAUGAGAUUCCGGGGUUCAUUGCUGACAUGGAUCCUGAUGAUGAUGUAGGGAGGAUUGGACUUAUGGAUGGGAAGCCAGCUAGGAAGGACAAGCCUUAUCGGUAG